UACGUGGUAAAUCACAUUUGAGAAAAGAGUUGCGAGUAUUCUGAGUUUUCUCGGGUUCCGUGAAUGCCUCUUCGGUUGGGAGGGAUUUACUUCCCGGAAGACGUCGGUGAGAGUCCUGUGGAUUGACGGGAGCCUAAAACCAUUUCUACAAUCUAGUUUGCUUAAACUUGCUUGCUCCAGACCAGGAUGAUUGAUGUUCGAGCAUGGGCAGAGUACAUAGUGGAGUGGGCUGCCAAAGACCCCUACGGUUUCCUCACCUCUGUCAUACUGGCUCUAACACCUUUCUUCAUCGCCAGCGCGUUGCUGUCCUGGAAACUGGCCAAAAUGAUCGAGGCACGUGACCGAGAGCAGAAGAAGAAGCAGAAGCGUCAGGAAAACAUAGCCAGAGCCAAGAGGACCAAGAAGGACUGAGCGUCACCCUAAGAGAACGAGGGCACAUAAAAGGGAUAUGAAACCAUCUUAAACCACUGCCUUCUUUCUUCCAAAUGACGUGGCGUCCUUCCUCGUUUGAGCUGUAAUGUCAACUCAGGGCUACUAUGCCUCACGCAUAGGAGGCGUGGCGUUGGCCCUACAGACCUUUGACAGUGCUGAGAUGGACACUAUCGCCUACGGAAGGCUUGUUCCACUGAGACUCUGGCCAGCAAGAGCUCAGCGGUUGUCCAAGUGAUGUUUUUAUAUCAACACCUGUAGCCGUGCAGCUGUUAUAACACCUUGCAUUCCAUUGUUGACACCUCGGUUUGACUAAUUUGACUUGACCAUUUAAUCGUCUUCUGAUCUUGCGAGCAUCCCAAAGUAUUAACUUUUUGUCAAUAAAAUCUUUUAUGGAUAAAAAUGUCAACUUUUAAAGAAAAUUAGUGUUUUUGAUUUUGUAAACAUUCAAAAGAUGUUUAAUCAGAAGGUUGUUUACUCCUUAAAUGAAGCCUUCGUUUUCAAAGAGAACGCAUUUCAAAAAAACUUUAAAGUUGCACAAAGUACUAAACUUUAACAUACACACAAAUCACAUUUAUUUGUUCAAAAUGUUGUCGAGACUAACUUGUUGCCAUGGAUGCAUACACAGAUAAAUAAAUAGCUAAAUUUGA